AUGGUAUCUGAAUAUAGCCGUAACGGUGAUACUCAAUCGAUGUAUGAAGAAAGUGAAACUGACAUUGCAGAAGGAAAAGAAGAGUAUGUUGUUGAGAAAGUUCUGGACCAUAGGGUGAACGGUAAUAUUACGCAGUUCCUUUUAAAAUGGUCUGGUUACGAUAGUGAAGAUAAUACUUGGGAAGAUGAAGAAAAUAUGUAUGUACAAUUCGUUUUUGCUUUAAAAUUAUUAAAAGCUAAGGCAAAAAAUCCGACAACAAAAAAGGUUUGUCAAAACUUGAAAAAACAACUUACCAAUUCAACGAAAAAAACUACAAAUGCAUCCCAACAGAAGACUGAACGAAAACGCAAGUACAUGGAACAAGAUGUUCAUGAUAGUGAUUAUUCAAUCGAUGAGGAAUAUCCACCGCCCUCAUUAACUAAUUGGGAAGAUGAAGUAGAAGAAGUCGAAACGGUUGAACGAAGUAUAAAAGACAAUGGCGCACUAUUGAUAUACCUCAACUGGAAAAAUGGUCAUAGAACGGUACAUCCUGCGGCGGAAGCGAAUUUGAAAUGUCCACAAAAGUCUCCAAGUCUAAUGCAAAAGAAGCUUUCUUGGUUAUGGGCAUAUUAUUUCAGUCUGAGUUCUCUUAGAAUUAGGCUUGCUGCAGUAGUUAUAAUUUUAGAUAAUUUGGUCCUUAUUAGUGACUUAAAAGUCGAUUAG